GCGGCGGCGGCCACAGCGGCGGCGGCGGCGGCGAUGGGAGAGCGCUGGUGUGCGGCGGUGCUGCGGGUGCUGGUGCUGCAGGCGGCCUGGGCGCUGGCGGGCGGGCAGGUGCGCUACUCGGUGGCGGAGGAAGCCAAGGCCGGCACGGUGGUGGGCCGUCUGGCGCAGGACCUGGGCCUGGAGGCGGGCGAGGCGGAGGCGCGGCGGCUGCGGCUGGUGGCGCAGGGCCGGCGGGCGAGCGUGGAGGUGAGCGGGGCGAGCGGCGCGCUGCUGGUGAGCUCGCGGCUCGACCGGGAGGAGCUGUGCGGCAAGAGCGCGCCGUGCGCGCUGCGCCUGGAGGUGCUGCUGGAGCGGCCGCUGCGCGUCUUCCAUGUGGAGCUGGAGGUCACCGACAUCAACGACAAUGCCCCCAUCUUCCCCGCCGCCCGCAAAAACAUCAGCAUCGCGGAAUCGUCUGUGCCGGGCUCUCGUUUCCCUCUGGAGGGCGCGUCGGAUGCGGAUAUAGGAACUAACGCGCAGCUCUCCUACACACUCAGCCCCAGUGAGUAUUUUACACUCGAUGUUAAAUCGUCUGAUGAAAGCAGGAAGUCUCUAUUUCUGGUACUCGCAAAGUCUUUAGACCGCGAGACGAUUCCCGUGCACCGGCUGGUGCUGACAGCGAGUGACGGGGGCCGGCCGUCUCUGACGGGGACAAUGGAGCUGGUGAUCUCGGUGCUGGAUGCAAACGACAACGCGCCCCAGUUCAACCAGUCGGUGUAUAAAGUGCAGCUACCGGAGAACACUACAGAGGGGACGCUCGUAACACGUGUGAAUGCCACGGAUUCGGACGAAGGAAGCAAUAAAGAGUUUUCUUACAGCAUCUUGACUUCGACUCCUAUCGCUAACAAAGAACUCUUUACGAUUGACACCAAGACGGGCGAGAUCAGACUGAAAGGUACUUUGGACUUCGAAGACGUCCGUUUACACGAAUUGCAAGUCGAAGCGACAGAUAAAGGGACUCCUCCGCUGUCGGGACACUGCAGCGUGGAGCUUGAGGUGCUGGACGUGAACGACAACGCGCCGGAGGUGCGGGUGACGUCGCUGUCGGUGCCGGUGGCGGAGGACGCGUCGGUGGGGACGGUGGUGGCCCUGCUGAGCGUGUCGGACCGGGACUCGGGGGAGAACGGGCGCGUGCGGUGCUGGGUGUGGCCGGCGUCGCCGUUCGGUCUGGAGGCGACGUUCGCGGGCUCGUACUCGCUGGUGCUGCGCGAGGCGCUGGACCGGGAGCGGGUGUCGGAGUACGAGGUGGAGGUGCGUGCGGAGGACGGCGGGGCGCCGGCGCUGCGCGCCAGCCGCGGGCUGCGGGUGCCGGUGUCGGACGUGAACGACAACGCGCCCGCGUUCGCGCAGGCCGUGUACACGGUGCUGGCGCGGGAGAACAACGCGGCGGGCGCGGAGCUGGCGCGGCUGUGGGCGCGGGACCCGGACGAGGCGGGCAACGGGCGCGUCAGCUACUCGGUGUGGGAGGGCGGCGCGGGCGGCGGCGGCUGGCGGGCGGCGUCGAGCUACGUGUCGGUGGACGCGGAGAGCGGGCGUCUGUGGGCGCUGCGGCCCCUGGACUACGAGGAGCUGCAGGUGCUGCAGUUCGAGGUGCGCGCGGUGGACGCGGGGGAGCCGCCGCUGUGCGGCAACGCCACGGUGCAGCUCUUCGUGCUGGACGAGAACGACAACGCGCCGGCGCUGCUGCCGCCCGCGGGCUCGGCACCGGAGGCGGGCGGCGUGGCGGCAGCGGAGGCGGCGGCGGCGGCGGGCGCGGGCUCGGAGUCGGGCACGCUGUGGGCGUGGGCGGCGUGGGGGGCGCCGGCGGGGCAGGUGGUGGCGAAGAUCCGCGCCGUGGACGCCGACUCGGGCUACAACGCGUGGCUGCGCUACGAGCUGUGGGAGCCGCGGGGCAAGGGCCCGUUCCGCGUGGGGCUCUACAGCGGCGAGGUGAGCACGGCGCGGGCGCUGGACGAGGCGGACGGGCCUCGCCAGAGGCUGCUGAUCGUCGUGCGCGACCACGGCGAGCCGGCGCGCUCGGCCACGGCCACGCUCAGCGUGUCGCUGGUCGAGGCCGCCGAGGCGGCGGCGGCCGCGGCCGCGGGAUCCUCGUCGUCGUCGUCGUCGUCGUCGGUGUCGCGGUCGGCGCUGGGCGUGGAGCUCGGCCCCGGCGCGGCGAGCGCGGCGACCAACGUGUGGCUGGUGGUGGCCAUCUGCGCGGUGUCGAGCCUCUUCCUGCUGGCCGUGGUGCUGUACGGGGCGUCGCGCUGGGCGCCGCGGGCGGCCGUGCUCUCGGGGCCCGGGCCCACGACGCUCGUGUGCGCCAGCGAAGUGGGCAGCUGGUCGUACUCGCAGCGCCACAGCCGCAGCCUGUGCGUGCCGGACGGCGCGGCCAAGAGCGACCUCAUGGUUUUCAGCCCCAACUUCCCUCCGCCGCCGCCCGGCCCCGCGCCCAAGGACACGCAGCCGGAGCCCUCCGCUCUCCUCGACACGCCAAAACACCCCAAUCCGGACUGGCGCUACUCUGCAUCCCUGAGGGCAGGAAUGCAAAGUGCUGUGCAUAUGGAGGAGGCAGGAGUCCUGCGUGGAGGAGCAGCAGGGCCUGAUCAGCAGUGGCCAACAGUCUCCAGUGCUACAGCAGAACCUGAGGCGGGAGAGGUGUCCCCCCCAGUAGGAGCUGGUGUGAACAGCAACAGCUGGACCUUUAAAUUUGGACCGGGCAAUUCCAAACAAGGUGGUCCUGAAUCUAAAAAGCAGACACAAGUUUCCUUUCUCCUACGCCGAAAAGGAGAAUCUUCACAGUACAGCCAGUGAGAGGUUGGACUCUGCACUGUGGUUCCUGUGCUCCUGUCUUGAUGACACUUACAGGAUAGGUUUAAAAGUUUUAAUGUUUUGCACCCUCUAUCUGAUUGGAAAUAUUUGUGUGCAGAUGUCAGCUAGGUGAUAUGAGAUCAGAUUAUAAAAUGCAAGAAGAGCUGGUAAAUAUGCAACAGAGGAAACACCUAAUGAACACAAAAUGUUCAAAGAUGUUCAGGCUGGGGAGAAAAUGUCUGAAAGGAGAUGAGCAGACUUGUCAACUCCUGAGAAGUCACUGUGUGGAAAUACUGACUCCUAUACAUGACGUAUUGUACACACUGCUUCAAAUGAAACCUCACAUUUACAGCUCUUUAAGACACCGUAAAUUCUAUCUCUUUACCAAGCAAGCCAUUGGAAAAAUUGUCCCUUAAAGCCCUGCAUUAUUACCCUGGUAAGGCUAGCCCUCAGAGAGUAAGAAGGGCUGGGCUGACAUCCCAGGAAUGUAACUGUGAUGCUGUGUGUCCCUAUUUCCACAUUAUUUUGCACAUUAUGUCUCUGAAAAGGUCAGAGUUUUUCCACGACACUUAUGCAAAAGAGAGAAAAAAGUAACAUUAACUAUGCUAUUUGUUAUUUGAGAUAUUUAUUUAUAAAGAAAUAUAGCUGUAAAUGUUAAAGAAAUAUGAUGCCCUUUAACCCAAACAGAAGUCAAUCUAGAGCCAUUAUAAAUUACAAUUGCUGCUAUUAAAGUGCUUUAGAAAAAUUGCCUGAAACAUCUGUAUUAUAUCGGCCACUUGCCAAUAACAGCUUUAUUCUGUCGGGUGACUUGGGGGCUGCCUCUUGCAUGUAUUAAUAAAUACAAGAAUAUCUUCUCUUUUUUUUUUUUUUUUUUUUUUUGCAUCAUUCUGCACUUUGAAUACACCUUUGCAAACCAACUGUCCUAAUAUGAAGAAGCAGAAGCAAACUCCUCACACAGAUGGAUUUAUUAACCUGCUAGCUGUGUGCAGUACCUUGGUGUUACCUCCCACACGACCUUUUCUGAUUUUAGUUUUACUUUUCUAUGAGAUUAUGAAUUUCUGACCCUACUAACACUCCUUAUGUAAAAUUGAAGUACUGUAUGUAUGCUGUAUGCUCUUAUAAGAAUCCUGAAAUAUUUAUUCUGUGCUUGUGUAUGUGAAUGUCAAUGCAACUAUUAUUAGAGUGGACUUUAAGCUUUACCGUUGAAUGUAAAUUCAUUAUUUCUUUUUUGUACACUUGUGGAAAAGUGGAGUAGUGUUAAUUUUUUAAGCCACUGUUGAUUAUCAGUUUUUUUUUGUGUAUGAAACACAAGUAAAAUAUCUUUCUUAAACCAAGCCAUGCAUGCAUUUUGGGAUUUCUUGGUAAGAAUCUGUGAAGCUGAAGUUCUGUGAAUUACUAAACCUAAGGGUAUAAAUGGAGUAUUGAAUGUGGUUGAGGAUGUUGAUAUAAAACCAAUACAUGUAUUUUUAAAUAGAAUAUAGCUGAGGAGGGAAUUCCAAGGAGUUUUCUACAUUAUUGUACAUUCACAGAAUAAAGCUCAAGUGUCGUGUUAAUUGGAACUGUGUAAGAAACUACAUAGCUCUGAAAUUUCCAAAGGCCCUUUAAUCUAGGAUCAAAGAGAACAACGGGAUUUCUUGAGACAUGUCCUGGAUGUUUUAAGUUUCCAAACUGCUGACAGUUCAAAUAGAACAAUUCCUAUUCAUUUUUAAGGACCUGCAGCAAAUCUUAAAACAUCACAGCAAAGCUCUAAUAAAAGAAUUCGUAUCUCAAAGCAUGAACCACCAAUGGCCUCGUGGUCUAUUUAGAGUCUUCUUUUGUUACCAGUCUUGUUUUACUGGCAAUAAAAAGGUGCUACUUAAGAAAGAGAACCCUUGAUUCACUUUUAAAGGCUAGGCAAGAGGAAAAAAACUUAAGCUUUGGGGAGGGAACUGUUCUUUUAUGCAAAUGUGCUAUGCAAGUACAUUUAGGUGUUUAUUUUUAUUUGGUGACUAAUCCAACAGCUCCCAAAACGUUCAUCAACCGUAGUUACAGUGGUAGCUUAAACACACAGAAGAAUACUGUUGUUACAUAUUCAUCAUAAAAUAGCUCUCUCAAUGCCUCUGGCAAAAAUUCAGUACAAAGAUUUAAUUCUUAUAGGAAUCUUCUACACUUGAUUAUUUUUAGAUUUUAAUGGAAUAUUGGUUUUUCUUUUGAGUGCUUGCAUUUUCCCCUAUGCAAGCCAGUCUGACUCAUUCAUUUUUCAUCAGUGGCCAUACACAGCUGGUUUUCCAAGGCUUGCAUCUAUUAGAAUGAACCAAGAGCUGCACUCUGUCUCCAAUUUGCUGGUCUUAACACAAAAUUACAUUUACCAACAAAAUUACAUUUACCAAUGCUGCCUUUGUUGCAGGUGCUUACUGCAGGGAGACUGUGUCCUUGCAUGCCUGGGGAGACAAAACAUAAUCUGAAGAUAAUCAUUCCAGCAUAAUUAUCAAUGAUGAUCAUCAUUCCAGUCUGGAGAGCUGAUAGAACAGAGAAAAAACUCUCAGAGGAGAGGAGGAGCUCUUGCUGGAAUUGUUUGAAAGGAGGCUGGGUUGCACUAGGAGGAGAUACAUCCCACACACUCACUGUGUUUUCUGAAUACUGAAUCAUGCACCUCACCAGAUUUUAUAAAGAUUUUUCCAUAUUUGAACCCUCUGGAAUGCUGAGAUGUCUACAGUGAAAUUUGGCUAUUUCAUAACUAAUAUACAAAUUGUACCAUUGACAUCCUUGAUUUUGGGUGUCCAGGAGGAGAAACCCUUGGCAAGAGUUUGGAGGACCAGGGGUAGAUGGGGGCAGGAUCUGCACCACAGUUUUGGGGUUACUGCUUUAACACCACACAACAAUGGAAAUUGAGAACCAGAGGUGGCCAAUAACAGCACAGAUUAAGAAAAAAAAAUUCUUUAAUCCUCCUGCUGACAAUGAAAUGAGCACGACAAAAUACACUGCAGAGUUUGCUAACAAGGAAAUUACAGUUUUGGGGCUUUUUACCACUUGAACAAUUCAUGUCUUUCAGAAUCCAUAUAUACUCUCUGUGAGCAUAUUGUCUUUGGAAGUCUGGUUUCUAUGCAUACAAGAUCACUGAUGAAAACUACUGGGCUUUUAUAACAAUAAACCUGAGCUAUGUUGUACAUUAAUUACAUCCUGUCAUUAAAAAAUAUCUCAUUUUACAUUA